AUGUCGAUCGAGGCGGUUCAGCCAGUGCGCCGAACUGACAGCAACAAAGAUGCUGUCGAGAUGCUCGAAGAUGUUGCGGGCUCACGGACUCUAAAGAAAUCCGACGAGGAGGGCAGAGUGCAGGAACAUGUUGAGAGGACACCUGAGGAUGCGAAGCUAGAGCGCAGGCUGCUGCUCAAAGCUGAUCUUAUCAUUCCCCCGCUCAUAUUCGUGGCAUACCUGCUGGAUUUCCUGGAUCGCUCAGACGUUGGCAAUGCUGCGGUUGCCGGCAUGACGCAGGAUUUGAAAAUGUCGGCGCAGCAACUCAGUACCGCAGCGUCCAUGUUCUAUCCGCAAGUCCAACUUGCCCUUGGACUUGUGAUCUGGGGGCUGUUCAAUACUCUCAUUUGUACUGCCAAAUACUAUGCCACCGUUCUCGGGCUUCGACUGGGAGUUGGGCGGGCGUCCAUCACAUUCUGUUCUAGCUCUGCAGCAGGGGCUUUCAACGGACUCAUCGCCUACGCCAUUGAGAAGAAUCUCGAUGGGAAAGACGGCCUUGCUUCCUGGAGAUGGCUAUUCAUCAUAGAGGGUUGCAUCUCCAUUGGCUGGGGUCUUGUUAUCCUGCUUCUGUUGCCCCCAGCACCAGAGAAAGCCCGAAUGUUCUUCACUGCCGCGGAGAAAGAACUAGCUGUCAAGAGAACACGCGAAGCAUUCAACGAGCCGCAUUCGAAGAUUCGCUGGGGUGAUCUUCCCAAGAUAUUCCGAGACUGGAACUUUUACCUGUUCGCGGUCGUAUUUUCGUGCUCGAACAUCAGCCUGGCAUCUUUCAGCACAUUCUUGCCCGUUAUUCUUCGAACGCUAGGCUUCUCGACGCUCAACUCGCAACUCCUCACAAUUCCAGUCUAUGCCGUUGCCGCGGUUUCGACGCUUCUGAUGGCUCUCUUCUCGGAUCGUCUUAAACGUCGAGGCUACUUCAUGAUCGGAUCGUUCGCAUGGCUUGUAUUGGGCUGGCUUAUCCUUCUCGUUAGCAAGAAUCACCGCCUGUCCUUCGCAGCAACCUUUCUGAUCGGUGCCGGCACCUAUCCUUCUGUUGUGCUAACAUUCAGCUGGAUUCUUAACAACUAUGCGGGUUUCACCAGGAGAGCUGGCACGUACGCAAUUGUUUGCAUGAUAGCCCAAGCAUUCUCCAUCGCUGCUACGCAGAUCUACAGCGAUCCGCCAACAUAUUACCGUGGCAACGGCUUUGCCCUGGGCUCGGCAGUUGUAGGACUGUCCGCCUGCGUGGUAAUCGUGUUCAGGCUGAAGCGAGCAAACAGGAAGAAGAGGGAGGCCAUGGACUCGGAGGCUGCGCAGCAAAUGCGACUGCUGAGCAUUGAGGAGCUAGGAAACGAACAUCCGGACUUCUACCACUUCGUCUGA